GCGAAUGGCUCAAGUUGACAAGUGCUAUCAUCAUCAGCGCCCGUCAAAUGCAAAACCAUAACAAAGACAGUUCGACAAAGCGAAUGAGUGUGUCUACUGGGUGGCCCACAGCGAAGGGCUGCCCAAUGGUGUGGGUGCGCAAGACAAAGCGAAGAAGCGUCGUUGUUUGGCCCGUGUGGUUGUCGCGCGGGCUGAUGCCGCCGCACCGAUGCCAUGCAGUGUAGCGCCGCUGCCGAGGCGCCGGACGAGGAGAGGUUGCUUCGCACCCACGGAUUAUUAGGAUUCCGAGAUUUCUGCGCCAAGAAGGGCUCGGCCAGCCUGCGACACCUCGACAAGCUCGCACUGGCCGGCUUGGCCCGGGAGUACGUCGAUUCAUCUCGUGCCAGGCAGGGCCCGCUGCAUAGCGCACGCUCACUGCGACGAUUUCAGGUUGGCCUCAACAAUUACUUACGGUCACUGUACGGCGGUGAUUUCGAUCUGGGCCGCGACCCAGCGUUCGCGCCACUGGCGGCUCCUUCUGCAUCGGGGGCAGCGAACGCGGGAGGAGCGAGCAGAAUGGGCCAGGCAGCGGACGCCGUGGUCAUCACAGCCGAAGACUUGACGAAGAUUGGACAGUAUUUUUGGCGCGUGAUAAACACCCCGCGCGGACUACAACAGAAGGUCUGGUUCGAUCUCAUGAUCCACCUUGGCUCGGAUGGCAUCGAGAACCAGCACGCUAUGCGCAAGGACUCUUUCGCGCUACUCAAGUCGCCGGCCGACGGGCGCCGACGGCUGCAGUGGAAAAUAGCAGGUGGAGCUUCGGUGCCUGACGACCCAGAGAACCCGCUGUGCCCAGUGCGGACGUUUCAACUUUACCUGAGCAAGUUGAACGUGGCCUGUCCCGCGCUUUUCCAGCGGCCGCACGACGGCAUCACCAAAACGUCGCGCUUCUGGUUCCACAUGUUUCCCCUCAACAAUACCAUGCUGGCGCUCAUGAUGUAUGACAUCUCCAAGGACGCCGGCCUCAGUCGCGUCUACCCCAACUUCUGCACACAGGUGCUACCGGAGAAGGGGCGCUUCUACGAACUGGCGCGGCGCAGCCGCCCGUCCCUGGAGAGCGCCCGCAAGGAGCCCGGCUGCGCAUACAAGCUAUGUGCACAGUGCCUCACGCCCGUGCAGGUGGCAAGUGCUGGUCCCAAGGGAAUCCUUUGUUCAGUGCCCUGCUUGGAGGCCUUCAUGCGAGCAAAGGAGGCACGUCAGAAUGUGCGUGUCUCCUUCCGGGAUGGUACUCGUGUCCCUGCCUACACUCUGCCUAGUGGCCAGCCCCUCCAGUCACAGCCACAGCCCCGAGACGAGCUGGGCAAAAACCUCCCAGAAGAUGUCUACAGCUUCAUACAGGAAGUUGCGCGCAUCCAGGCCUUGGGUCAUACAGUACGGACAGAUGGGCUGCCCAUGGUAUUCAAACAGGACGGCUCCAACACACAGGCUCGGUCGCUGCCCAUAGAGCUGUUACGGAUUGCCAUGGACGUGGGAAAGCCAGCUAAGCCUGAGGGCUCAUCGAGAUCAUCGAACAUUCUGAAGUUCAAGUAUGCUGCACUAACUUUGAUGGAUGUCGAGCUACUACUACUCAGUGAAAAAAGGCACAACUUGAAACCCGAAAAUCGUAACAUGCAGCAGCAGCAGCAGCCACAGCAACAACCACAACGAGUCGAAAUCAUCAAGCGUGUUCCAGCGACUACAGGGGAGCGGGUUUCUGCAAGGCCCGUGAUGCUGAGCGGUGGCCGCAAGGUGCUGCUGGUCCAGCGCAGGGAUCCUCCACCCCCUGCACCGCAGCGCGGCUCGGCUGCUUGGCGUUGAAGGCAGCUUUCUCUUGUGAGCUACCAGCAUAAGAUGUGUCGUCAUGGGAGUGUGCAGCCCGCUGCCCUUUAGGCACUGUCAAUCUUUUAAUGCAGAAGGUAGGACAUACGCAAAUGCGCGUCUCUAAUGUUUUAUUUUUAAAGAAUAUUUUUUCUUAUUUUAGAAUCGCAGAUGCAACAUCAACUAGCCUGAUCUUGAAAGUUCUGGAAAUAUCAUGCUGCACUUAUUUGCAGAAAUGUGCAGUGCUUCUCAAAACAGUGGUAAAGUAGUUUGGUUUAUAUUCGGGACGUAAAAAAUCAUCAGUGUUUUACAAGUAGCAGUGCUCGGCAAGCUAAAGCUACCCUGGCAAAGCUUAGAAAAGGUAGCUGGCAGAAAACCUAUGUGGCUUGAUUAGCCACUUAUAUAAUAAUAAUAAAAAAAAAAAACAUUAGAGACAUUUUGUACAGAAAAGGCUGCAGGCUACGCACUCCUGUCCUCAGAUUUCCUUUUGUGCUGAUGGUACUUGGUCUAUAACAAUGUCUAGUGAGCUGACGGAGGAAGUUUUCCAAAGGACAUUCCAAGCGUUACAUUGCAAUAUUGAAAGGGCCGGCAUUACUGGAAUACUGUCUGAAUGCGCCUGCGCCAGUGCUUGGGACGCGGCAUGUUUGUGCCUACCGAGAAUUGAAGUGAGUAAUCUCCGCAUCAUUAACGAGGUCAUGAGCAUUGUUGACCAGUUGUGACCCUACAUUAUCUAAGAAUCUCCUAGGUCACUUGUAGCACUAUAAACAACUUUUCCACCAGCUGCAAGUUGGCUUCUGGUUGGAGUGUCCAUUGGACAAGUGGCAGACAUUGACGAGAUUAGUUGAUUGGCUAGUCUUGGCAGCCUCACUUGUGUUAUGAAAAACUGCUCCUCGUUGUGGAAGUUCAGCUAAGGGAACACAGCCGGCCCUAUUUUCCUCUCAUGGCGCACUAGCUAGUGUUGUAGAUCAUGCAGUGUGUUCAUGGAAUUUGGUCCUGCAAGACUAUGGCCGCUGCUUGAGCCACUACAUAGCCACAUUCUGAGAAGAAGAAAAAAACAUUGUCAUUACAUUCACUGGUGGUCGUUUAGCAGUGCUUGCAGAACCCAGUUCCGUACUAGCAAGGAUCUCAAAACUUUUCUCUGCAGAGCCAUUGUAAAUAAGCAUCUUGUGCCGCACGUGCUAAUGGCAGCAGCUGUGUGUUGCACCCGCAAAACUCAUCUCCCCUUACUCACAGUGCCAUGGUCACACAUUCACGGAGUGCAAAAUAAAAAAAAAAGCCACAUGUCAA